GCAAGUCAAGUCAUCAGCUCGCUGACCUCAAGACUCAUCUAUAUCGGAGUCAGAUCGCUCGAAGAACCCAGCAUCCUCCACUCACCGAGCCCUUGCCGAUUACUCUCUCCUGUGCAAUCAGCGAUGGCGGAAGCAGCAGCAGUAGCAAUUGUUUCUCCGAUUCUGAAACUCGUGAUCGGGAAGCUGGGUUCAGGAUUUUGGGAAGAGCUGGGCUUGGUGUGGGGUGUCAACUCUGACAUCCGGAGGCUGCAGAGCGUGCUGUCGACGAUCAACGACGUAGUUGAUGAUGCCGAGAGGAAAUCCAUCAGAGACAAAGAUCUGACUGGUUGGCUGAGGAAGCUCAAGGAUGCAGCUUUCGAUGCUGAUGACGUGGUGGAUGAGUUCCAGUACGAAGCAUUGCGACGGAUCCAGAGACGUAACCAGCUGAUUGGAAAGGUAGGUGACUUCUUUUCUCCCAACAACCAAAUUGCUUUUCGCCUUGAGAUGGCUCACAAGAUAAAAACCAUCAAUGAGAGAUUGGAUGAGAUCGCGGAGGAGAAGUCAAAAUUCCAUCUGGAAAGGGGAUCUACCCCGGGAAGGACUAUCGAUCGAGAGACCUUCUCAGAUGUGAUUGAAUCCGAGGUUUAUGGUAGGGAUGAAGACAAGGAGACGAUCAUAGAUUUCUUGGUCCGUGCAGAUGAUAGCAGUGACGUCUUGGUGCUUCCGAUAGUUGGAUUGGGCGGAGUUGGGAAGACCACACUUGCCCAGCUAGCUUAUAAUGAUCGACGCAUAGAGGAGCACUUUGAUCUUAAGUUAUGGGUAUGUGUUUCUGAUGAUUUUAGCAUCAAAGGAAUUAUUAAAAACAUUAUUGAGUGUGAAACUGGGGAUAAGUGCGAUCUCUCAAACUUGCAAGCUGCAAAGCUUCAGCUCCAGAAGAAACUGACAGGGAGGAGAUUCUUGCUUGUUCUGGACGAUGUCUGGAAUGAGGAUGAAGCAGAGUGGGAGAGACUGAAGACCUUAUUGAGAGGUGGGAAGCAAGGAAGCAAGAUCGUAACUACAACACGAAGCGAUGUUGUUGCCAGGAUCAUGGGAACGGUGACACCACACAAAUUGCAAGGAUUGACAUCCGAUGACUGCUGGACUUUGUUCAAGCAGAGAGCGUUUGGGCCAGGAAGAGAAGAAGAGACUUCAAGGUUGGUCGAAAUUGGAAAGGAGAUCGUUGAGAAAUGCAGGGGCUUGCCUUUGGCUGCAAAGGUUCUCGGAAGUCUAAUGAGGUUUAAAACUGAGGACGCGGAGUGGGUGCAUGUCAGAGAUAGCGAACUUUGGAGAUUGCCUAGAAACGAGAAUCGUAUCUUACUGGAACUACAAUUGAGUUUUGAUCAUUUGCCCUCUGAUUUAAAGCAGUGUUUUGCUUAUUGUUCGAUAUUUCCGAAAGAUUACCAAAUUGAAAGGAAGCAACUGAUUCAGCUGUGGAUCGCCGAAGGUUUCAUCCAAACAUCGGACGGUGAUAUGCAUGAAGAGGAAGUUGGCAACCAAAACUUCAAUAGCUUGUUGCGGAGAUCCUUUUUUCAGGAUGCGAGAAAGGAUAAGUAUAACAACAUAUGGGCAUGUAAGAUGCACGACCUAAUUCAUGAUCUUGCAUGUUCUAUCGCAAGAGAUGAGUCCUCGAUCAUGCAGGUGGGCAUGAAGAGAAGCAUUCCACAUGGAUGUCGGUAUUCAUCUAUUGCUUUUGACAAUGCCAUGUCGUCAACGAAUUUAAAGGCCGCUUUUAAAGCAAAGAAAGUUCGAUCACUUAUUUCAUUGGACCCCCAUUAUCACCAGCAGAUUCAUAAUGGAGAAUUUGCCUUCUAUGCGAUGUCAUCCCUUACUCAUCUCCGUGCAUUGGAUCUAACUAGAGCUGACGUCGAAGAGUUGCCCUGCAGUAUUAGUAAAUUAAAACAUCUUAGGCUUCUUGACCUGUCAUUUACUAAAAUUAAAGCUUUACCUGGCUCGAUUACCGACCUUCACAACUUGCAGACUUUGAACCUUGAAGGAUGUUUUAGCCUUAAAAGUUUGCCAGAGGGAAUGAGUAAUAUGAGCAGCCUCAGACACCUAGACAUCGGCAGCUGUCCAUUGAUUUGCAUGCCCCGUUGGUUCGGCCGAUUGAAUGGCCUCCAAACAAUGACCAUGUUUGUCACGGGAAAAGAGCAUGGACGUACUAUUUCCGAGUUGGAGCACCUAAAUUUUAUCAGUGGUUAUCUACAAAUCAAGGAGCUUCAAAAUGUGCAGGAUCCAAUGGAAGCGACGGAAGCAAACCUGGCAUCAAAGACAAACUUGCGUUCCUUGUCUCUGAUGUGGAACAACGACUCGUAUAUGCAAUCGACCAUAUCCCCUGUAGCAGAGGUGGAGGAAGUAUUUGAGAAGCUCCAGCCUCCAUCAAAUCUGAAGGAGCUAUACAUAAGCUACUAUUCAGGUGUCAAUCUCCCAACUUGGAUGACAAGAAUGGAGCUGGCAUCAUCACCGAUCCGCAAUCUAGUAACGAUCGAGCUAAAGAAUCUCAGGAGAUGUGAGCGUCUUCCAACGCUUGGUCAUCUACCUUGUCUUCAGAAAAUCAGUAUACUGGGAAUGAGUGCUGUAAAGAGAAUCGGACUGGAGUUCUAUGGUGACGGAGGUAUAUUUCCCUCUCUACGAUCUCUCCGUCUGUCGCAGUUGACUGGUUUGGAGGAAUGGUCUAUAGAGGCAAUGGCAUUCCCUUGCCUUGAAAACUUUUCUCUAUCAGGAUCCCCCAGAUUGAGGGUGGCACCACGUCUUCCAUCGUCGGUCACGUACGUUUCUAUCGAGGGUUACCGGCUAUUAUCAACGGUGCGCACUGGAGGGAUUGUACAAGCUGAGACAUUUGAGUAUCGGUCACUGUGAAGCACUAUUGUUGUUGUCCUGGUGGGAGUGGUUGCAUAUCCAUGACAAGAAGCUGAUUGUGUUUCCCCGAGAGCAUUUUGCAGCUACGCAUGCCCUCCUGCUGGGAGUGGCUGCAAGACCUCAUCUCUCUUACUAGUUUGAAUAUUUGUGAUGAUAAGCUGAUGUGUUUGCCGGAGGGUAUUUUGCAACUGCGCAUGCCGGAUUCACUUGUCGUGCAUGAACCUCAAGUCCAUUUCGGGAGAACACCCUCCCGCCUUCUUCAUGACCAUCCAAUAUCUAGAAAUAAAUUCCUCCAAGGAAUUGACCGCUCUGCCGGGGUGGAUAGGGAGCCUCAUCUCACUCAGGUGUUUAGAGCUUCGUCGUUGCAGCAAGCUAGCGAUGUUGCCCGAUGGGCUACAACGCCUCGCAACGCUUCGGCAACUGUUGAUUGGCUACCGCCCCCAGCUGGAGAAGCGGUGCGAGAGGGAUAGAGGGGAGGAAUGACCCAAGAUCGCUCACAUCGCAAACAUCCAGAUCGAGCCAGCUGAAGUGAAGAAUACAGGGAAGAAAAUAGCCAAAGAUCUAUUACUAGAUCGAUCAGAAGGUUAAAAUUAGCGAGUUGCACGGGCCGUGGCUGAUGUGGUAGCAGCACCUUCCGAAUAUCUGCUGAAGCCUACCACAUUUACACCUCGGAAGCUUAUUGCCUGAUCCAAACAUUCGUUUUACAAAGCGCAAAUUGGAUGCUAUCACACUUUUCAUUCUAAGGCUGGGGUUGAUUCAUAGCAAUGUGAUAAGCUGAUUCCUCAACCUUAGAAAGUUCAACAGACUUGGCAAGCAUACUUGAAAGCCUCCCAUAGCUCCAGAAAAUCUUGUUUCUUUUUGCCCUUUCAUGUUGGAAAUAUAAUGCCAAAAGGAUGAAUGCAAGGACCAGCAUAUGAAUACUCAAUCCAAUUGAUGGAAGUGAGGUACUUCAUGUUUAAUUUUCUCUCAAUAUCUAUAUUUUUUUGAACCAUGUCACUCAAAUAUUUGAUUUUCAAUUUACUUUA